GGGGCAAUAUGUACAACGAUUAUUCAGACUGAUACUAAAUACCAAACCUUUCCUCGGAUUAGAUUAGAUAGACUCUUGCAAGAGACAAGACUUCCUUCAAGAACCCAUAAUUCUUAUAACAGAUCUGAGCUACUACUCGGUUCGAUCCGUUCAUACAUUCCCUAUCCACUAUCUAACCAACCAGCCAACCAACCAACCCAACACUACCACAAGCAAGCAAGCCAGGCACCAUGUCAACAACAACCAACCCCGACCCAUCCCCCGGCUCCCUAGCCUUCGUCCCCCUCGAAGCGAACCCCGAGCUCAUGACCUCCCUUCUGCACAAACUAGGCCUAAGCCAAGCCCUCCAGAUCCACGACGUAUACUCCAUUACCGAGCCCGAACUACUCGCCUUUGUGCCGCGACCCGCCCUCGCUCUGCUCCUCGUGUUCCCCGUCUCGGCAACAUACGAAUCGCACCGGAUGGCCGAAGACGCAGGCGUUCCAGAGUACACCGGCAGCGGCGACGAAGAGCCCGUGCUCUGGUACAAGCAGACGAUCCGCAACGCGUGCGGGCUGAUGGGCCUGCUGCAUGCCGUGUCGAACGGGCCCGCGCGGGGCUUCAUUGAACCCAACACCCCCCUCCACCGCCUCCUAACCGCCUCCACACCCCUCCCCCCCGCCCAGCGCUCCGCCCUUCUAGAACGCACCCCCGAGCUCGCCGCCGCGCACCAAGAAGCCGCGAGCCGGGGCGCGACAGCCGCGCCCGACGCCCAAGACGACGUGGACCUGCACUACGUGUGUUUCGUGAAGGCGGAGGACGGCACCCUGUGGGAGCUCGACGGCCGCCGCAAGGGCCCUAUUGCCCGCGGCCAGCUGGCCGACGGCGAGGACGUGCUGUCCGACAAGGCGCUGCUGUGGGGGCCGCUGAAGUUCCUCGAGCGAGGGGGUGGCGAUAUGCGCUUUAGCUGCGUUGCGUUGGCUGGGUCGUUGGAUUAGGGUGGUGAUGGUGAUGAUGAUGAUGAUGGGGGUGGCUGGUCUGCGACUACCUACCUGCCUGGGUAUGCUUUCUCUAGGGGUGGGCGAUUGGGGAUGUCUGUAUAAGUUAAGCCGUAGUGUACGAUGCUGUAUCCAUCGUCAUGUUUUUCGUGAAAGCCAGGCUGCUUUUCAUAGGCGUACAGAUAAACAAUAAUACACUUAGAGUUAUAAGGGGGAAGGCCUAUAGGGCUGUUUAUUUUAGAACGGUCAAUAUACCGCUCUAGUCCUGGUUUCGAUAGAAGCAACACGAGCAAUAUGAAUACUCUAAUGAUACCAUUUAUAAUCGACUUCAGUAAUCUUCG